AUACAGAAAAUUAAUACAGUACGGAGCCUUUUAUGCACAGCUGCUUUCCUUUUUUUCUUAUUCUUACAAGAAGAGUAGAAGCAAUUAGCUCGGAGCAAAGAUGGCCUGUUCUUGUUCACCUCCAUUUAAGAAACUCUGUUUUUCUCUGUUCUUCCUCCUUGCUUCCUUUAUUAACCCUACACGCAUUAAAGCGUCAUCAUCACCGUCAUCGUCACCAUUAGACGGAGUUUUCUUGGAAUCCGACAGAGUAACUAAUCUUCCGGGCCAACCCCAGACUCCCUCCGUCUCCCACUUCUCAGGCCAUAUCACCGUCCACGCACUCCAUGGGAGGUCUCUGUUCUACUGGUUCUUCGAAGCUCUGUCCCAACCUUCCCACAAACCCCUCCUCCUCUGGCUCAAUGGAGGACCUGGGUGUUCAUCAGUUGGGUAUGGAGCUGCUGUGGAGUUGGGUCCUCUGUUAGUCAGCAACAAUGGAGCAGAUCUUCACUUCAAUAACUUCACUUGGGCUACAGAAGCCAAUGUGCUGUUUGUGGAAUCCCCUGCUGGAGUUGGAUUCUCUUACACCAACAUCUCCUCUGAUCUCUCCAUGUUGGAUGAUGAAUUUGUAGCUGAGGAUGCAUACAACUUCUUGGUGAAUUGGCUGCAAAGAUUUCCACAGUUCAAAGACCGUGAUUUCUUCAUAGCAGGGGAGAGUUACGCAGGACACUACGUGCCUCAACUGGCUGAGCUUAUAUAUGAAAGAAACAAGCAAGGGGCCAAAUACCCUUCAAUCAAUCUCAAAGGCUUCAUAGUGGGAAAUCCCGAAACCGACAAUUACUACGAUUACAAAGGCUUGCUAGAGUAUGCUUGGAGCCACUCUGUGAUAUCGGACGAAGAUUAUAACAAGACCAAACAAGUUUGUGAUUUCAAGACCUUCGUUUGGUCUCGUGAAUGUAACGACGCCAUGAACGUCGUAUUUGAGAAAUACGACGAGAUCGACAUCUACAAUAUUUAUGCCCCUAAAUGUUUCCUUAAUAGCGCAUCUUCGGUCGGCCAUGCCAACUUCAGGUUUUCCAUGGAUAAGGUAAAAAGUUAUGGGUGGAGGAGGAAGAGACUUGCAGGAGGCUAUGACCCAUGCUACUCCAAAUACGCAGAAGAGUAUUUCAACAGGGUAGAUGUUCAGUCUUCUCUCCAUGUUAAAAACAAUGGGAAUGUCAAAUGGACUGUGUGCAACAACUCCAUCUUAAGGGCGUAUAAUUUUACUAAUUUUUCCGUCCUACCCAUCUACACGAAGCUCAUCAAAGGCGGCCUCAGAAUUUGGAUUUACAGUGGGGACACAGAUGGUAGGGUGCCAGUCAUAGGGUCAAGAUACUGCAUAGAAGCUCUAGGCCUCCCUCUCAAGUCUCCUUGGCGCUCUUGGCACCACCAAGCUCAGGUAGGAGGGAGGAUGGUGGAGUAUGAAGGGUUGACAUUUGUGACAGUGAGAGGGGCAGGGCACUUGGUACCUCUGAACAAGCCCAGCCACUCUCUCUCCCUCAUCCACUCUUUCCUCUCCGGUGAUCCUCUCCCUUAAUAUUAAUCAACAUAUGUGAUUGGAGCAAGCAAGUUAUGAACUAGUUUAAGUUGAAAAUCAUAAAUGAUGCAGCUAUAUGAUCAUGAAAAUCUCUCCUGCAAUUGAUAUACAUUUGAAUGCAGUUCAUUACUUUCUCAA